UCUGGGAGUUGAAGUCCUCCAGGCUUAAAGUUGCCAAGGUUGGAGAGGCCUGGCAUAGAUUGAACGGCCGGAUUUCCCACUCCCUCCCUGAAUUUGCUGGCAUUUGGGAAAGGGUUAAUCCGGGUCCCAGACAUACUCUUGAAGCUAACCAGACAGAAAUCGUGCCUCUGACCAUGUACAGAGUCUUCAUUCCAGGCCAGGGAUUGAAGCCUUGGCAUCAGGAAUAAUUGCGACAUCUUUGCUGUUUGCUGAUCCUUUCUACUGUUGCUGGGUGCCUAUUAUUGGUGUGACAAAGCGAACACGAGACUGCUAUAAGGAUGGUGCGAAUUUUGGCCAAUGGAGAUAUUGUGCAAGAUGAUGACCCACGAGUACGACAGACCACUCAGAAUAGGGAGAACUCGUCUCGACUCUUGAGGAAUGGUGGUUUUUUCAACACAAACUCCAACACCGGCCCUAACCCUCCACAGCACUACCAGCAGCAACAGCAACAGCGGCAGAAUGCAAGGCCCGGGGAACGUUCACCGUUUUCAGACAUCAAUCAGCAGCUGGUGAACAUGGGUUUCCCCACUUGGCACCUUGGCAACCAGGUGGUGGAACCGGUGAUGUCCAUCUUGCUGCUCUUCCUGCUAAUGAUGGUGGGCGUGCGGGGCCUGCUCUUGGUGGGCCUCGUUUAUGUCAUCUCCCACCUCAGCCAGCGAUGACACGAACUUCUGCCCGGACUGCCGUUUGCCUGAGUGAUUCAGAGCCAAAUAUUUUUGCCCGGUGUACAAGCGUGGGUUAGAGAGAGUGUGUAUGUCUAUAUAUGUGCGUGUUUGAAACAAAUUCUCCUUGCUCAAGAACUUUCGUGAAUGGUGUUUUCAAGAGACCGAAUUAAGCAACUUGGAGUAUGAGCUAAUGAGGAUAUCUCUCCUUUUCUUUCCUUCUUUCGCUUGAAAUGAGCCAUUUUUUUUUCAUUCAUCCCAUGAUAUUCUUGUAGGAAUUACACCUUUUUUUAUAUUUUUGCUGUGGGUACCAUCUCACGGUUAUCAAGGGAACUUCAUUUAGGAUUUUCUUCCUUAAGACCAGAGAUGAUAGCUCAGGCUCUGAUUUAAAAGUAGGCAGUUGGGAAAUCAUGCCUUCCAUAUAGGUGGGAGAACUGAAAAGUCCUACAGAGAGAGAGAGAGGCCCAGGGUAAUAUACAAAAGUAGGCCUUGGGACUUGGCUAGUUCACAUUGUUGGAAUCCCUUCCUCUUUGACCUAUGGACUUUGGUUGUGUGAAAUGGGCAUUGGGUUGUGGUUAGCCAGUGUUCGUGAAGAAGGGCCAUUUUGUGGAACUUUGAUCAGGGAGACGGUCAUGUUGAGAUCACUGCAUUUUUAUAAAUCGAGCCUUUUGGUGUAUAAUAUUCAAAGGUGACUCCUCAGGUGUUUAUCUGGAGGCCAUUCU